AUGGAGGGGAAGACCGAAGACCAUUGGUCAGUCAGGAUCCACCGAGCGUGGACCGCGACCCUCUGCUGGCCUGAGCGCUGGCCGAGGCCGCAGGUGCAGCGCGGAUUUAGCUCCCAUUCUGGGGCCUCAAAUACCCGGCGCGCGGAGGGCGCUUCUGGCUCUCUGGUGUCCCCACGUUCUGACAUCCAAACGAAGGUGUUCAGGGACUCCGGGGAACAAGGCAGCUCUGGCCGUGCCUUCUCCCCAGCCAGAGCCGCCGAGCCCCCGCGACUGCCCCAGCGGCGCGGCAUCCAAUUCCCCCCGCCCGCGCCGAGGAGCCCCGCGCCGCAGAGUGCGGGCUGCGGACACGGCAGGCACGUGGGCUCGCCCGCCGCGCUGCGCCAGGAACCGCUCCCGGCUCGGCCCAGCCUCCGCGCCCGCAGCGGCCCCGCCAGCACGGAGAGAUCCUCCCCCUAUCACUUUGCACCAGUCGGAGGGAAUUUGCGGUCGGUGACGCCGAUCCUUAAGCGAGCCACCUGCAGCGCGAGGCUCGCCGCUCCGGGAGGUACCGCAGGGCUGGGCCGGCGCGGCGUGGGGACCCUGGGCUCCGGAGGCCAUGCAGGCGUUGGCGCGCCUCGGCGGCCGGCUGCCGCUGCUCGCCCGGCUCGGGCCGCGAUCCGACUGGCGGCCCGGACUCCCGCGGGCGGGCUCGCCGAGGCUCUGCCCGGGCCGGGCCGGGCCGGGCCGCCCGCUGCUUGCGCUCCCUCUGGCCGCCCGCUGGGCCCGCGCACCCGGGGCUGGGCCUGUGCCCGCGUCUGCCAGGUGGCUCCGGUCCUGGUCGGGACCGACCCUGGAUACUUUGUUUUUUCAGCAAUGAUAUUUGAGACUAUUACAAAUCAAGAUUUGCCUGUGAUCAAGUGUGUUUUAAUCAAUCAUAAGAACAAUGAUUCAUCAUAUCCCACGGCAUCAGAAUCCCCAGAAGACCUUGGCUGUGCCUUAAGGCCUGAGGGUGCAGAGGCAGUCUACGAGGCGGCCAGGGUCGAAGUAGAUGCAUCUGCGUCCAUCACACUGCAAGUGCUGCUCACAACCCCGGGGAACAUUUCCUGUCUCUGGGUCUUUAAGCACAGCGCCCUGAAUUGCCAGCCACACUUUGAUUUACAAAACAGAGGCAUUGUUUCCAUGUUCAUUUUGAAAAUGACAGAAACCAAAGCUGGAGAAUACCUACUUUUUAUUCAGAGUGAAGCAACCAAUUACACGAUAUUGUUUACAGUGAGUAUAAGAAAUACACUGCUUUACACAUUAAGGAGACCAUACUUUAGAAAAAUGGAAAAUGAGGACGCCCUGGUCUGCAUAUCUGAGAGCAUUCCAGAACCAACUGUGGAAUGGGUGUUUCGUGAUUCACAGAGUGAAAGCUACAAAGGAGAAAGUCCACCCAUUGUUACAAAGGAGCAGAGUGUACUUCAUGAGUUAUUUGGAACAGACAUAAGGUGCUGUGCAAGAAAUGAGCUGGGCAGGGAAUGUACCAAGCUGUUCACUAUAGAUCUAAACCAGACUCCUCGGAACACACUGCCACAAUUAUUUCUUAAAGUGGGGGAACCCUUGUGGCUCAGGUGCAAAGCUGUUCAUGUAAACCAUGGAUUUGGGCUCACCUGGGAGUUAGAAAAUCAAGCAUUGGAGGAGGGCAACUACUUUGAGAUGAGUACCUAUUCCACAAACAGAACUAUGAUACGGAUUCUGUUUGCUUUUGUAUCAUCAGUGGGAAGAAACGACACUGGAUAUUACACUUGUUCCUCUUCCAAGCAUCCCAGUCAGUCAGCUUUGGUUACCAUCGUAGAAAAGGGAUUUAUACACGCUUCCAAAACACAUGAAGAGUAUGAAAUUGACCAGUAUGAAGAGUUUUGUUUUUCUGUCAAGUUUAAAGCAUACCCACAAAUCAGAUGUACAUGGACCUUCUCUAGAAAAUCAUUUCCUUGUGAACAAAGUGGCCUUGACGAUGGGUACAGCAUAUCUAAGUUUUGCAACCACAAACACCAGCCAGGAGAAUACACAUUCCAUGCAGAAAAUGAUGAUGCCCAGUUCACAAAAAUGUUCACGCUAAAUAUAAGAAGGAAACCUCAAGUGCUGGCCAAGGCAUCAGAGAGUCAGGCCUCUUGUUCCUCAGAUGGAUAUCCGUUACCAUCUUGGACCUGGAAGAAGUGUUCAGACAAGUCUCCCAACUGCACAGAAGAAAUCACAGAAGGAAUUUGGAAUAGAAAGGCUAACAGAAAAGUGUUUGGACAGUGGAUAUCGAGCAGUACCCUGAACAUGAGCGAGGCCGUCAGAGGGAACCUGGUGAAGUGCUGUGCGUACAACUCCCUGGGCACAUCUUGUGAAACAAUGCUUUUAGGCUCACCAGGCCCCUUCCCUUUCUUCCAGGACAACAUCUCCUUCUAUGCCACCAUUGGGCUCUGUGUCCCCUUCAUUGCCGUUUUAACCAUGCUCAUUUGUCACAAGUACAAAAAGCAAUAUAGGUAUGAAAGCCAGCUGCAGAUGGUACAGGUGACUGGUUCUUCGGAUAAUGAGUACUUCUACAUUGAUUUCAGAGAAUAUGAAUAUGAUCUCAAAUGGGAGUUUCCAAGAGAAAAUUUAGAAUUUGGGAAGGUGCUAGGAUCAGGUGCUUUUGGAAAAGUGAUGAAUGCAACAGCUUAUGGAAUUAGUAAAACAGAAGUCUCCAUCCAGGUUGCUGUCAAAAUGCUGAAAGAGAAAGCAGACAGCUCUGAAAGAGAAGCUCUCAUGUCUGAACUCAAAAUGAUGACUCAGCUGGGGAACCACGAAAAUAUUGUGAAUCUGCUGGGGGCGUGCACGCAGUCAGGGCCAGUUUACUUGAUUUUUGAAUAUUGUUGCUAUGGUGAUCUUCUCAACUAUCUAAGAAGUAAAAGAGAAAAAUUUCACAGAACAUGGACGGAGAUUUUCAAGGAACACAAUUUCAGUUUUUACCCCACUUUCCAGUCACAUCCAAAUUCCAGUAUGCCUGGUUCCCAAGAAGUUCGUAUACACCAGGACACAGACCAUAUCUCGGGGUUCAAUGGGAAUUCCUUUCAACCCAAAGAUGAAGUUGAAUAUGAAAACCAAAAAAGGUUGGAGGAAGAAGAGGACCUGAAUGUACUUACAUUUGAAGAUCUUCUUUGUUUUGCUUAUCAAGUUGCCAAAGGAAUGGAAUUUCUGGAAUUUAAGUCGUGUGUCCACAGAGACCUGGCAGCCAGAAACGUGCUGGUGACCCGUGGGAAAGUGGUGAAGAUAUGCGAUUUUGGAUUGGCUCGAGAUAUUAUGAGUGAUUCCAACUACGUUAUCAGGGGCAAUGCCCGCCUGCCUGUGAAGUGGAUGGCUCCUGAAAGCUUAUUUGAAGGGAUCUACACAAUUAAGAGUGAUGUCUGGUCAUACGGAAUAUUACUCUGGGAGAUAUUCUCACUUGGUGUCAAUCCUUACCCUGGCAUUCCGGUUGAUGCAAACUUCUAUAAACUCAUUCAGAGUGGAUUUAAAAUGGACCAGCCAUUUUAUGCUACAGAAGAAAUAUACUUUAUAAUGCAAUCCUGCUGGGCUUUCGACUCAAGGAAACGGCCAUCCUUCUCUAAUCUGACUUCAUGUUUGGGGUGUCAGCUGGCAGACGCGGAGGAAGCGAUGUAUCAGAACAUGGAUGGCCAUGUUUCUAAACAUCCUUCCGGCUACCAAAACAGGCAACCUUACAGCAGAGAGACCGGUGCAGGGCUGCCCUCUCCGCAGGAUCACGCUGAAGACUCAUAGAGAAACAAUUUAGUCUUAAGAACUCCUAUCCCCCUCACCUUCAACUGGUUAUUGAUUACCAAAACAAGAUUAACUUCAUCACUAAAAAUGUAUUCUCAACUGCUGCUUUGCUGGACUUUUCUCUAGAAGCUCUCUAUAUUUACUGUUGUUUUCAAAGGAACUUUUGUAAAAUUGAAUUUGCACAAGGCAGGAAGAGCUGAUAAUUAACUUUAUUGGAGCAUCUACCUACAUCCAAAGGCCUUCUCAGGCUGGCUUGAGUGAAAGUUGUGUACCUAAGUAUAGUAUAUUCUUGUAAAUACAUAAAACAAAAAAAAUUUUGCUGAGGAGAAGCUGAUAUCAUUUUUUAA